AUGGCGACCUCCACAAACUCGCCUAUCCCCAUCGAAAAGCCCGAGCCCAGCUUGGGCUUUUCUGCUCAGAAAAAGCCAGUCACAUCUUCUACUACUGGGGAAUCUUCUCCCGACACCCCCAAAGUCCAGUCUCCAUUUUGCUCUCAGUCGCCCGACCUUGAAGAAGCUGCUUCAGCCCAACCUACUCCUGCCAAAACUUCGGAUCCAUCUGGCGCUGGAGGCGACCCCAUGGCGGCUUCAGUUGCUUCCAUUGCCCCUCAUGAUAGCAUUCUCUCGAACAAAAUUGCCCCAACCGCAGAUAAUGACGACAAAGCUACUUCCCCUUCCCAAGAUGUAUCCCCUAAGGAUCCAGACUCUCCCGUCACCCCUCCGCGGUCCCGGGGGGCUCCUGUCUCUCUCUCAACCCAAGUCGAGCCCCAGGAGAGCCCUGAAUCCCCUUCUGGCUCUCAAUUCACCGACUCGCCUAAUUCUUGCCUGACUUCUGCAAGCACAUUGUCCUCAGCACCCACUUAUUCCAUCUCACCGGAGGAAAUGGAGGUUGCAGAGGCCGAACUUAUGAAAGAAUGGAAUGCCACAACCGAUUCGGCCCCUCUUGACCGACGACUGCCACUGCCCCCCUCGGUGCCGAACCUAUUCCAAUACCACGAUGGACGCUUGUCAAUUGCGCUGAAAGCCCUCAACGAGAAAGGAAUUCGUGUUGUAGAAUAUGGACUGCAAAUCCUGUUCCGAUGGGGAUGGAAUGAAGUCCUGGGAUUUGCAGAGUGGAUUGUGCCUGAUGAAUACCUUGAGCUUGCUUCACGGACGGUAUCUGAGCUAGGUUACACUCUGGCCGCCGAGCCACCUACGUCAAAUUGGCCAUGGGAACAAUGGGAUACGAUGGGCCGAUUCCACGAUCUUGAUAACUACGGUAGCCAGCUACAUCUCUAUCCACUGACCGCGGUCGGCAUUGCCCUCGAGGAUACCUAUGAAGUCUUGACUACUUUCGACCCGAAGCUGCGGAUUCGAACACCAAUACCUGCCAGAUACAUGCUUACCAUGAUUCGCGAGCUCCUCAAAGUGCCACCCCACCACCAGAACAGACGCCGUAUCCUGGACGACAUGGCGGGCUUCGUUCAUGGCUACAUCUUUCACGGCCCUCCUGCCGAAACCCAGUACUACACUGAAGAAGAGGAAGCAGCGGCGGAGGCGGAGUUCCUGAGCAAGGUUGAGGGUGCAGUCCAGGAUGUCAGGAAGUGGGACUGGGGCUACGUCGAGGAUGAGCGUUAUCUGGACAUUGCCGAGAGCAUUGUUCGCAGGGUCAACUCGAUUGAAGAUAUCACCCUGAGUUCGUGA